AUGAAAGCCUCUAUCUGCUUGUUCUCCACCCUGCUGGGUAUGUCCUCUCAGGCAUAUGCAAGCGGCACAACGGCCACAUCCACGUCGGGCUACCUCCAAAUUCAGAACAGUUCCAACAGUGAACUCGAUGGCUACUGGGGCUACAUCGACCCCAAUAUCGAGGCCGACAACGGCGUGGUCUUUCAAUUUAUUUCUGAUAAGAGCCAAGCGACCAAUUUCUCCAUGGAAGAUGGCAACCUAGCUGGCUACAAGACAGGCUACGUUGCCGGCAGCACCAACGCUGAAGGUACGGCGUCUGGGGACGCCAUCUACAUGUCAGACCUUGAACUGUAUGUGCAGGGUGGCGAGCCGGUGGUCACCGCCGAGGUCAAUGAUAAUGGUGUUGUCGUUCUCAGCGACAGCCUAGGUGACGGUGUCGUCCGCAGUUUACCACAGGCGUGCUACAUCACGGAUGUUGGCUACUUGGAUGCCUCACUGCCGGUGUUCGUUCUUGGUGAAGAAUACUUCGCCUCCGAUAAUUGUGCCAACAUUACUCUCUACUGGCGUUCUAUUAAUUGA